AUGCAGACGCUGCGGGAGGAGAUGCAGCAGUCUAAUGUUGACCGCCUGUACCUGCGCAAGUGUGUGGAGGAACUGCAGGGGCAAAUCAGGCAGCUGCAACAAGACCGACAGGGGCAGCGUGACGCCAAGGAGGCGAUGGAGUGGGAAAGACGGCAACUGCUGGUGCAGCUCGACCGACUCAAGCGUGAUGGCGUUGCUGUUGGCGCCAACAACGGUGGUGCUGUGGGGGUUGGUGCUGUACCCACGACACCUGCGCGACAUGACGAGCCCGUGCAGCAGUUGCGCCGCUCGAGGGAAGCAGCAUCGCCACUAGCACCGGCAGGCACAGCCGAUAGCCACGGUGUCGUGCCGUUAUCAUCGCCUGCGCCGGCGGUGGAGCCGAUAGACAAAGUGCGGUGGUGGGAAGCAAGGCUGCAGGCCAUCACGUCAUCUAUGAAGGUGUCGCAGCCGCCGCACCCCCUCACGACCCCAAACGCGGGCACAUCACGAGGGAUAGGGCCACAGCAACGCACCGUGGAGAACGCCUCAUUGGCCUGCGACAUACUGAAUGCCUCACCGGACAUCAAUGGCGGUGGUUUUCUCGGUGUGAUUACGUGA